AUGUCCUCACCCACGAAGCGGCGCACGCAGCGUUCUUCUGCCUCUGCUACACCGCGACGACCAACGCGAAAUUCUGCAGUCCCUUCCAGCCCUGCGCCCGUGGAUGCGGACGGCCAGCUGCAGUCUGAGGCCUUGCAGGCGUCGCGCGGACUGCUCGCAUCGCCAAGCAGCUCGAAGCCAUGGGCCGACUCGACACAAUCGCAGUCUCCCCUGUUUAUGGCCUCAUCGCCAGCAAACGCCUAUGCGAACGGCGCAGCAGAGAGCGACGGCGGUGCGACACCAAGGGCGAGUGUCCUCAACGGUAGAGACUCGUCGCCCAUUGACUACGCCUCGAGCUCCAGCCCUGGCCGCGCCCGCAACGCACAGAACACCGACCUCCGCAGCAGCAGCAGUGCCCUCUUUGUUCGUGGCUCUGAGUCGGCAGCCCGACACCGGAGGAGCGACAUCCAUUCUGAUGUCUUUGGUGCCAGCUCGGCGGGUGGCCAGCGCCGCAGAAUGUUUGUCGACGAGCACGGUAUGCCCGUCGGCGACGCCUCGGAUGCUGCUACUUUCUCCAAUGUCAAUCCAAACACGUCAGACGCCGAUGCGCUGGGCGGCAACACUUCGCGCAUCAUUUGGGGCACCAACGUCUCCCUGGUUGAUGCCAGACACGCGAUGAAGGACUUCCUCGUCAACUUCCAGAGAAAAUACCGCUUGAUCCAGGAUGGCGAGCUGGAAGAGGGCACCAGCCUGCCUGCAGACCAUGCCGCCAUGACUCGAGAAUACGUUGACUUGAUGAAGAUCAUGCUUGAGCUUGGUAUCACGCCUCUGAACCUGGACGCCCGCAACCUGAAGUCGUAUCCACCAACGAGGAAACUAUGGCACCAGUUGCAAGCUUAUCCCAACGAGAUCAUCCCCAUCAUGGAUGUCGCCAUCAAGGACGUCAUGCUGGAGCUUGCCGAGAAGAAGAUGGCGGAAAUGAGGGUUCAGAUUAGCCAGCAACAACACAGCGCGCCGCCCAGAGCUCGUGACUCGAGCUCUCUGCCGCCCAUGCCGAGCUCAGACGCGCCUACACCAGGAGCGCCCUCUCCUGCGCCCUUUGCAGACAUCCCAAACCUGGUCAGUGAGGUUGACCAGAAGUCGUACAAUGUCAGGCCUUUUGGCCUUGACAACACGAUCAAUCUGCGCGAACUGAACCCCGGCGACAUGGACAAGCUGGUCAGUGUGAAGGGUCUGGUCAUCAGGACCACCCCUAUCAUUCCAGAUAUGAAAGACGCCUUCUUCCGCUGCUCAGUGUGCAAUCACGCAGUCAGGGUCGACAUUGACCGUGGCAAGAUUACUGAGCCCACAAAGUGCCCGCGUCCUGUGUGCGACUCUCCCAACUCCAUGCAGAUUGUGCACAACCGAUCCGGCUUCGCCAACAAGCAGGUCAUCAAACUGCAGGAAACACCUGACAACGUUCCCGAUGGUCAGACGCCCCACUCCGUCUCUCUUUGCGCCUACGAUGAGCUCGUCGAUGUAUGCAAGGCCGGUGACCGAGUCGAGAUCACGGGUAUCUUCAAGUGCAGCCAGGUGCGCAUCAACCCUCGUCAGCGGUCAGUGAAGAAUAUCUUCAAAACCUACGUCGACGCCCUACACAUACAGAAGGUCGACAAGAAGCGCAUGGGCAUUGACGUGUCGACCAUCGAAGAGGAACUCGCAGAGCAUGCCGCUGGCGACAUUGAAGAAACCCGCAAAGUAUCACAGGAAGAGGAGGACAAGAUCAAGGCCACCGCUGCACGCCCGGACGUCUACGAGCUUCUUUCACGCUCCCUUGCGCCCAGUAUCUAUGAGAUGGACGAUGUCAAGAAAGGCAUUCUGCUUCAGCUCUUUGGUGGCACAAACAAGCAAUUCGAGAAGGGCGGAAGUCCAAAGUACCGCGGAGACAUCAACGUCCUGCUCUGCGGUGAUCCAUCGACGUCCAAGUCUCAGAUCCUGCAAUACGUGCACAGAAUCGCACCGCGCGGUGUGUACACUUCUGGCAAAGGUUCCUCCGCCGUAGGUCUGACCGCAUACGUCACGCGCGAUCCCGAGACUCGUCAGCUGGUCCUCGAGUCUGGAGCUUUGGUCUUGUCUGACGGAGGUGUGUGCUGCAUCGACGAGUUUGACAAGAUGUCCGAAUCCACGCGUUCAGUCCUCCACGAGGUCAUGGAGCAGCAGACCGUGUCCAUCGCCAAGGCAGGUAUCAUCACCACCCUCAACGCCCGCAGCUCCAUCCUCGCCUCGGCCAACCCCAUUGGAUCAAAAUACAACGUCAACCUCCCUGUCCCGCAGAACAUCGACCUCCCCCCCACGCUCCUCUCCCGCUUCGAUCUCGUCUAUCUCGUGCUCGACCGCAUCGACGAGCAGGCCGACCGCCGCCUCGCGCGUCAUCUCGUCGGCAUGUACCUCGAGGACAAUCCCGAGAACGCAUCCAGCGCCGAAGUCCUCCCCGUCGAGUUCCUCACAGCAUACAUAUCCUACGCGCGCACCAACAUCCACCCCAAGAUCACCGCGCCCGCGCAAAAGGCGCUCGUCGACGCCUACGUGGCCAUGCGCGCGCUCGGCGCAGACAUCAGAUCCCAGGAGCGCCGCAUCACCGCCACCACGCGCCAGCUGGAGAGCAUGAUCCGGCUCGCCGAGGCGCACGCCAAGAUGCGGCUUGCCGCGGACGUGACGGCCGACGACGUCAACGAGGCCGUCCGCCUCAUCCAGUCAGCCCUCAAGCAGGCCGCGACCGAUGCGCGCACGGGGCUCAUCGACAUGUCGCUGCUCACCGAGGGCUCGAGCUCGGGCGACCGCAGGCGGAGGGAGGAUCUCAAGCGCGCCGUCGUCGCGGCGCUGGACGAGCUGGUGGGCGCGGGCCAGAGCGUCAGGUUGAGCGAGCUGGUGAAGCAUAUCCGCGAGGGUGCCGGCGAGCAGGUUGAGAACCAAGAGUUCCUCGAGGUGCUGCGCAGCGCCGAGGCGGAGGGCAGUCUGCAGGUCAGCGGCGAGGGGCCUCGGAGGGUGGUCAAGCGCAUCGUCGGGACUUUUUAG